AAUCAAUACGGUCUCAAGUGGGAACAUCAUAAGAUACCCCCAAGAUUAUUGAGUCCGCGCCAAAUUCUUAGCGCUAUCACUGACGCAGGCUAUGAUUAUACCAAUUUCGCAGCUUACAUUGAGAUUAAUGAUCAAACAUUAACCUUACAUCGGUAUUCAGAUUAUCAUCCUUUUUUGAACCUGAGAGAACUUAAUAAAUACCUAGAUUACCACCUUAUCCUUAACGAUCAAGAUCUCGGCAAAGUAGCUUUCAUUUCCGAUCAAAAUUGCACCGAAAAUAAAUACAUCAUCUAUUUUUAUGAAGAUACUAGCACUUUAUUUGCUAAAAUUAUCUAUGAUUAUAACUGGCCACAAGAUCAAAAUAAGUUAACCGUCGAUUAUUGUCAAACACCUCCAACGAUUAGAUUUCCACCUACAAGCGACCCAGUCCCUUUGAUACCAGAUCUAAGCGACGGAUAUACAGCCAUGUUUCGUAAUCAACCAUAUUUGAGUACUGAUUUAGUUGGUUCAUUAGUGAUUAGUUUAAACAAUAUUAUCUCGACCAUUUCAGUCAAAGCAUUGCUACAUGAUGGAUCUGAAAUACUUGCAAUAACUAAAAUAAAAAAUGAAGGAAACUCAAUUGAAUUACCUUUUUCGCUUGUAAAAAUUAAACCCAAAUUGGAGGCACAUGAAGUCAAAAUUUUAUUUUACAUUGAAGAUAUGUUGGCUCAUAUUUCAUACGCAAAACUUUAUGUUCUUCCCGUAGGACCAAAAACUGUCAAGAUUGAUCGUUUAUAUGGCGGAAUUUUGACCUCAACAAAUGAAACAAUUUUUCCAGUCGGACCAUAUGUUGAUAUUGGUGGAUGGUUAGAAAAGGGAAAUAUCCAAACCAAUCUCCAAACUCUCAAAGAUCAGAAUUUUAAUAUCAUUAAUCCUGAUCCACCAUAUCCAAAUAUUUCAUUCAUUCAUCAAAUGUUUCAGGCAGCUGACGCCAUAGGUGGAAUAUAUAUUCAAUUUUCAUUUCGGCAUGAUUAUACCGAUAUUCAAAAGGUUAUAAAUCAAGUAAACCAGUUUAAGAAUUAUUCAAGUUUACUUACAUGGUAUAUAGCGGAUGAACCAGAUGGUGAAAAAUGGACAUACAGUUCUGCAGUUUUCGAGGCAUAUGAUGUUAUAAAAAAAAUGGAUCCAUACCAUCCAAUCUCUCUGACGCUAAACUGUAAAUAUAGUUCUGCUUUUUAUGCAGAUGCUAGUGAUAUAUUGGGGACUGACGUUUAUCCAGUCGGUGUAAAUAUGUUAUCCUGCACGGAAUAUAGUGAUGUGUGUGGUUGUGACGAUUGUAUAGGAAGCGCCACACUUGAUAUACCUAAACGAACUCGACAGUAUGUGAAAGACUUGACUCUCAUAGGCCGAAAAUCUAUUGUAAAAUGGAUGGCACUUCAAGCUUUUUAUGAUCAAAAUUCUUGGUGGGAAAGGGCACCAACGUCCCAAGAAUUCAGUGUUAUGUGGCACAUUUCAAUUAUCUAUGGAUAUAAGAGUCUUAUGUUUUGGAGAUUUCCUUUUUUUCUUGAUCGUCCAGUCAUUGAUCAAAUCACCGAUUUAAGCAAAGAGAUUAAAGAGCUUUCAAAUUAUAUACUUUUUAUGCCACAACUCUCAUCUUCUCAUAUAGUAAUUUCGCCUGAUAAUGAUAUUUACGUUGGUGUAUGGAUAUCAAAAAGCCAAAAGAAUUUUUUGUUGAUAGUGGUUAACGGUAACGAGAAGCUUUCUGCAAAUUUUAAAAUCACUAUCAAUGAUUUGAUUUGUUUUGGUUUACUACACGGGAUCGGAAGGAUAGAUGAUGAAAAAAAUAUUAAAGCAUUCAUUAAAGAUGGAGUGUUUGAAGGCAAUUUAAAGAAAUAUGGUGUUGGAGCUUUUGUUUUUGAAAAAAAUUUGAUCAAUAGAGAUUGCGACAUCUAG